GCGGUGAAUAUUGAUGAGGCGUGAUGCGCGGCGUGGUGUCGUGUAGGGCGGCGCGCCCGGCGAUUGGCCGUGUGCGUGUGUGCGCGGUGACGCGUGUCGCGGCGGUGCGGGUCCCGAUUGCUGCAGCCGCUUGUCAGUGUGACGAAGAUUGGCACCCAAGGUUUCUGUUGUCUACUUUGUACAUCAGUGGGAUCACUCUACUGGAACAAGAUAAUGUCAUCUUCAACCCACUGAGGGAAAGGGAUCUGAAACUGCUGAGAACACUGUAACUUAGUUCUUCGAUACUGAUAUAAGUGGAGAGAGCAGAAAACCUGGAAUUAAUACCAGGAUAUAGUAUUUUUCAAAAUAUGAGCUAUGUUUUCUUUUUUUAAUAUGAGUAUUUUUUAUAGUGGCUAAACAUUAGGACUCCUACAUGUCAAGGAAUAUUUGUUCAUACUUAUGAUGAUUUGACAUAAUUAACGUAUUAUUAACCAUGAUGGCAACACAGACAUUAAGUAUAGACAACUAUCAAGAUGGACAACAGAUGCAAGUAGUAACAGAAUUAAAAACUGAACAAGAUACUGAUGCAGAAGGGGUGAGUCCUGCCCCAGUAGAAUCUCAAACUCCAAUGGAUGCGGACAAGCAGGCCAUUUACAGGCACCCACUAUUUCCCCUGUUAGCACUAUUAUUUGAAAAAUGUGAACAAUCUACACAAGGCUCAGAAGGCACAACUUCUGCUAGUUUUGAUGUAGAUAUUGAAAAUUUUGUAAGGAAGCAGGAGAAAGAAGGAAAACCUUUUUUCUGUGAAGAUCCAGAAACUGAUAAUUUGAUGGUAAAAGCAAUCCAGGUUCUACGUAUCCAUCUGCUUGAGCUAGAAAAGGUUAACGAACUCUGCAAGGAUUUCUGUAGUCGUUACAUUGCCUGCCUGAAGACAAAAAUGAACAGUGAAACGCUAUUAAGUGGAGAACCUGGAAGUCCUUAUUCACCUGUGCAAUCUCAGCAAAUUCCAAGUGCCAUUGCAGGCACACUCAGUCCCCAAGGGAUUAUGGUGCCAGCAUCAGCAUUGCAGCAGGGAAAUGUAACUAUGGCAACAGUAGCAGGCGGGACAGUGUAUCAGCCAGUCACUGUGGUCACUCCACAAGGUCAAGUGGUGACACAAGCACUGUCACCUGGGACUAUUCGGAUCCAGAACUCUCAGCUUCAGUUGCAAUUAAACCAAGAUCUAGGCAUCUUGCAUCAAGAUGAUGGCUCAUCAAAAAAUAAAAGAGGAGUUCUUCCCAAGCACGCCACAAAUGUGAUGAGAUCUUGGCUUUUUCAGCACAUAGGGCAUCCAUAUCCAACAGAGGAUGAGAAGAAACAGAUUGCAGCACAAACAAAUCUGACACUACUCCAGGUUAACAACUGGUUUAUCAAUGCUAGGAGGCGAAUUCUUCAGCCAAUGCUGGAUUCCAGUUGUUCCGAAACUCCAAAAACGAAGAAGAAAACGGCUCAGAACCGACCGGUUCAGAGGUUCUGGCCUGACUCCAUUGCCUCAGGAGUUGCUCAGCAGCAAUCUAACGAGCUUACAAUGUCAGAUGGUGCUGUUGUAACAAUUACAGCUCCAGUCAACAUGAAUGUAGACAGUCUCCAGUCUUUGUCAUCCGAUGGUGCUACUUUGGCUGUUCAGCAGGUUAUGAUGGCAGGGCAAAGUGAGGAUGAGUCUGUAGACAGCGGUGAAGAUGAUGGAGGAGAUCUCUCAACAACAAACAUCAGUGGGCUGGUCUUGGAUAACAGCGAUUCUCUGCAGUAGGAAGCAAGAGAGUGUGACAAAGUGUUUAGGAGAAAGAAUAAACUGACUGACUGACUUUUUAUAGUUUGCACAGCAAACAUUUUACACAAGUUUUAUUUCUAAUAUGUUUUAUAUGUAGAUAUAGAAGGGUGCACUUUUUUGUAUUUCAUAGUAAGCUUAAAGAGUGUUUUUGCAGGUGCAGCAACUUCUUUCAAAUGUUUUUUUUCUCUUCAUUUCUUUUUCUUAUUUCAUAAAAUUAUAUCUAGUAAUAUAAAGAACCACAUAAGCAACCCUUUGUUCUAUGAAUUGAAAGUGCUGCCAUUUCUGAAGAAUUAUGCAGUUUCAAUUAGUGCUGUUUUUAACACAGAUUUUGAUGGGCAGGUGAUGUAAAUUUAAAGCAUGUGACACUAGUGUGUGGAACUUGAUCAUUAAGUUAGAUGCAUAUAUUUGAAAGAUGCUUCUGCACCUUAAAAACUGCUAGUCUGAGGUGGACAGCAACACACAUAAAAAGAAAAUGUUGAUGUGUGAUUCGGUAGCGAAUGUAUGGCAAUUUAAAUAAGUUUAGUUUCUCUCAUAGUCCGUGAGCCUGUUUAUCAUUUGCUAUGAAAACUCCUAUUUUUACCUUGCCGGGGUUAUUGGAUAAAAAAAAUAUUUUUAUAAAUUCACUAGGAAUUGGGAUGACGACUGUAUUAAGCAGGAGGUAAAAAAAACAAA